AUGAGUGUCCCACGAGCACGAGCAUUGGAUCUUAUGAAGGCGCAAUGCCAGGUCUUCGCGACUACCUACAACCCCCAGGGCAUCCGCAUGGGCAACAAGGUCCUCCGACAGCGCCUCCGGGGUCCUGCCCUGGCAGCCUACUACCCGCGGAAGGCCGUCACCAUCAAGGAUGUCAAGCGCAUCUUUGGCCCCCAUCUUACGACCUGGGACGAUGCCGAGGAGGACCGAUUCGAAUACAUUGAAGAGUACGAACUGCGACCCGGCCCAAACCCCUUGGCCACCCAACGUGGAAAGGGAAACCCCAAGAAGAAGAGUGGACCUCCUGCUGCCAAAGCCGCACCAGGUGGAAAGAAGAAAUAA